UUCCCUGUUGUGUGCGAUUCAUUCUAGAGCAAGAAGGGUCAUCUUCCUUGUCUGAUUCUAAGCCUCGAGGGUUUCUCUUCUAGCUGAUUCUCUCAUGAAGCUUGAGUCGCAAGAAGAUCUCCCUUCUUCUGCUGUAUUUGUCGCUACAAUGGCAGAUUGGCUUGUUGGUCCAGUCAUGGAUAGGAUCAUCAACGCUUGCUCUGAUUACCUGCAAGAUCAGUUCAGAUGGCAGACAGGCAUGAAGGAGGAGCUUGAAAGGCUGCGAGUGAACCACCCUAAGAUCCAAGCUGUCGUCUCUGCUUCUUUCACUCAAGCAGACAUCUCAGAUCAAAAUCCGGCGCUCAACGACUGGAUAUGGCUGCUUAGAGAUGCCAUCGAUGAGGCGGAUGAUUUGCUCGAUGAGUUGGAGUACAUGAAGCUUAAAAAACAGCUGAUCAAAAAUAAGAAGCGACGAAAGGUGCGUUUGGCCAUUAGCUUUUUAAAGAGAACAGGACAACGUGCUCUCAAAAUUGAUCCCUACUUGAAGAGACUGACGGAGGUUGUGCAGAAACUCGAUAAAGUUUCAGCUGAGGUUGGCACUUUCCUUCAUCUUGCAGAAAACGCCAAGCAGCAGCAGCAGAAGCAGGAGCUUGAGUUGUACAAAACUCGUGAAACAGGAUCCUUGCCUAAAAAUGACCUCGUCGGUCGAGGCAAGGAUAUGGAAUUUGUUAUGCAGUGGUUGAGGAAUCCAUCAAAUGAAGAUCCAACUCAUAUUACUUUGUACAAGAACAUUUCUCUUUUAUCUAUAGUGGGUCAUGGUGGUAUGGGUAAGACGGCUCUCUUACAACAUGUCUAUCAAGAUCUGAAAGAGGAAUUUGAUCUUAAAAUGUGGGUUUGCGUUUCCAAUAACUUUGAUGUGAAAAGGGUUAUUGGAGAUAUGCUGGAAUCUCUUAAAAUGAAGAAGCCUGAUUUGGAGUCACUUGAGGCACUUCAAAGAAGUCUUAAAUCUGAGGUGAUUGCCAAGAAGUUCUUACUUGUGCUUGAUGAUGUUUGGGAGGAGGAGCAAGAGAGUGAUAAAAGCAAAUGGGAGAAUGUGUUCUCCCCUUUAGCUUAUGGAACUUUGGGAAGUAAGAUUUUGGUAACAACUCGGAUGGAUUUAGUUGUGACGGUGAUUGCAAAGCUUCUCAACAUCCACGCAUUUGCUGAUGUAGAAAACCUUGAUAAUCAUAAACAAUUAAGAAGCAUUGCUAGAGAGAUUCUUAAAACUCUCUCAGGGUCCCCUUUAGCAAUUAAAGUUGUUGGUGGUGUUCUGAGUUCUGGCUUGAAUGAGAGACCAUGGAAGAUAUCAGAGGAGUUGCCCUCUAGACCUCCUUAUCUCUGGAAAUUGGAGAUAGAUAACGUUGGGUGGAAAGCUUUUAACUGGCUGCUAGAAGAAGAGUUGGUAGGAAAGGCUUUGAAAGAAGAAUUCGAGUAUACUUCCAGGAAUGACGAGUCAUUUCAAAUCCUGGAACAUGCAAAUUCUGCUAAUGACCAAGUUAUGAAUUUGAACAAAGAAAUUAUUAGCUCCAGUAUCUCAGAAAAUGGGAGCAGCAAUUUGGAAUCGCCUACAUUGUUGAAUGAUUCAUCUGAGUUGAUCU